UAAACAAAAUGCACUGUCAACAAAAUCAUAUGAAACAGUGAGGGUCAUGUUUUCUUUAAGCUAUUACACAAGAACUGUGUGAUGAUGAGAAACAUUAGAAAAAUUAAGACGUGAUCAACUGUAAAUCUUAAAAAUGUUGAAAUUUCUGUUUGAAAGAGAGCAAGGUUUACUUGAUCCACUGAACUUGAGAAGAGCUGAAUCAACAAGAAGGACAUUUGCCUUAGAAUUAAGUAGACAUAGAGAUGUAGAAAUGACCAGUCAGGGCGCUGUUAAUUCCAUAGAUAUUGAUUUGAUAGAAUCAAGAUAUCUUUUAUCAGGAUUUUCUGAUGGUACAGCAGCAAUUCAUGACGUAGUGAAUCAGACGGGAAAUGUAAAAUACACCUGUAAAGUGGUGUGUAAAAUAGACAGACAUAAUCGUUAUAAACAUAAGACAAGUAUACAGUCAGUAUGUUGGUACCCACUAGAUACUGGAAUCUUUACAACCAGUGGAACAGACAAACUUCUCAAAGUCUGGGACACAAAUAAUUUGAUACCAGUGGAUGAGUAUGAGUUCAGUGGAAUUGUAUAUCAACAUGACCUCUCCCCUGUUGCCACAAAACAUUGCCUUAUAGCAGUUGGUUGUCAGAGUUCAAGGCUGAAGCUGGUUGAUUUAAAAUCAGGGGCAAGUUCACACAUGUUAAAAGGUCACCAAAGUUCUAUAUAUUGUGUUAAAUGGUCUCCGAAAGAUGAAUUUAUCUUAGCCUCUGGUGGAGCUGAUAACCGUGUAUUAUUAUGGGAUGUAAGAAGUGCUAAAGGUGCCAUGAAGGUGUUAGAUCAGUAUAAUGGUAAAGCACCAUCAGAUAAUACAACUGGUAACACAGCACAUCAUGGUGCCAUAAAUGGACUUACAUUUACAUCAGAUGGUCUACAUCUUAUUUCGUAUGGUACAGAUAACUGUAUCAGACUGUGGGAUGCUAACUCAGGGAAAAAUUGUCUCAUAAACUAUGGAAAUGUUCCAAACGAUACGAAAAAACUAGUGCAAUUGAGUGUGAGUAAUGGAUGCUCACCAGACGUCUUAUUCAUUCCAAACCGAUCAAAUAUUGACAUGUUCGACGUUUAUUCUGGUGAAAAAAUUGACAGAUUGAAAGGUCAUUAUAAUUCUGUGAACUGUUGUAAAUUUCAUUCCCCUACGCAAGAUGUAUACAGUGGCGGUAAUGACAGAAAUAUAUUGAUAUGGACACCAGAUACAGACUCAUCAUAUGAUGACCACUUAAAAACUCAAAGUGAGUUACAUAUAAAAGAGAACUCUGCUGAUAAAGUACGGUCAGCCAGACCUACUGUUAUGAUUGACACUUGGAGUAGCGAUGAAGAUGAUUAAAUUUGAUUUUUCAUAAUGUUGUAUAAUCUUUGACAAGUGUAAUUUUGUUGAUGGUGUGAAAGUGAUGAGAAAGAUAAAAAUUUGUUAAAGGGAUAUCCAAAUGCAUAAUAUAGUCAUAAAAAAAACCUGUGCCAUAAACGAGGGUUUGGAUGGGGUUAAAUGAUUAAAGAAUAAUGCCCUUAAAAAAUGAAGAUAAGAGAAUAAUGGGCACAAAAAUAGAAGAUUAGAGAAAAAAAGGGUUAAUUUUUGGAAGAUUAGAGAAAAAAGGGGUUAAUUUUUUAAAGAUUAGAGAAAAAAGGGGUGAAAAUUAAAUGUUUACAGAAUAACAGACCCCCCCAUCCAGACCCUCAUAAACUGCCAUUGCAAAAAUUGAAAACCAUCAAAGACAAAUAACAGUAUACAAAACUCAAUACUAAGCAACACAAAUCCCACCAUAAACCCGAAGGUGCUCUUAUGUGCUCUGGAAGGAUUAGAAAAUCCUAUUUCCCAUCGGACAUCUGUCUUGUUACUACUUUACAUUUACACUAUAAUGUAUUAUAUACAUUUGUAUUAUAGAUGAGACUUAAAUAAAAUAUUGAAUUGAAUUGAAUACAGUAAGUUACAAAUGUAUAUCAAGCAUGUUAAGAGAUUAAGCAUUACACAAUAUCUGAAUGUGGUAAUUGAGUCUUAUUUAAAUAAGCCUAAUACAUCACCAAAACCAUUGUUCAUGUAAAUUUUCUAAACAAAAGAUUUGGACCUACUCAUGUACUGUGAAAUUUGGUAAUUGAAACACUUUUUUUUCUAAUCUGAGAUAGGAGUAGAUUGUUGAUGAUGUGAUAUAGGUAUUACUUUAUGGCAAUGGUGCAAACAAAUGGUGUUAACCAUUGAUUUUUUCAUUACGGUUUAUAUAUUUCACUUGGAAAAAACUGUUUAAAAAACAUACUUUUUCAUUAGAUGAUUCAUUAUGUUAUGUGUUACUUGAUCUUAAUUUUGUGCUUAAUUGAUUAUGCAAUAUAUUUGUGUGUACUUGUAUGAAUUAUUUAUAAGUAGACUUUGUUAUUUAAAAAUGUACUGAAAUAAAAAAACAAUGCAGCUAU